AAAACUGUCUCACGUGCUGCUCUGCACGGUUUCUCCUCCACAAACGACAAAAAAAGCUCCAACAAACUGCUUCUUAGGCAAUAUCGAUUUCCCCCAAGUAAAUGGUGGGUUUUCCUUUGGUCUGCUAUUGUGUUGAUUUUAUUUUCCUAAAUAACAUUUAGCGCAGACAGAUAUUUUGCACGUGAUUUUUCUUUUUUCGCGUGUUGACACGAAGGACGAAAACAUCUUGCGGCAACAUUUCAUCUCUGAAAUGUCAGCCCGGAAGACUGGUAACGCUGACAUGAUGAUGCGGUAAAUCAACGGGGGGGGGAGUUUCCUGUCUCGCCGCAGGAAUGCCAGGUGGAGACUACGGGGAGCUCGGGGCCAGCCUCCCUGCCAUCGCCUCCCUGAACGCCUCCUACUCCACGUCGCUGUCCCUCCCUUCGCCGUACAUGGUACCACCCGCCGAGCGCAAGGCCAUCUCCGACGUCCGACGCACCUUCUGCCUCUUCGUGACCUUCGACCUGCUCUUCAUCUCCCUCCUGUGGAUCAUUGAGCUGAAUAUCUCAAGCACAAUCUGGGACAGCUUGAAGAAGGAGGUUGUCAGUUAUGACUACAGGUCUUCCUUCUUUGACAUCUUUCUGCUUGCCUUGUUUCGUUUCCUGUGUCUACAAGUGGGUUACGCUGCGUUUCGGCUGAGGCACUGGUGGGUCAUUGCGGUUACCACUCUAGUGACCAGCGUCUUCCUCGUCGUUAAGGUCAUCGUGUCUAGUCUCCUCUCCGAGAACCCCUUUGGCUACGUGAUACCCAUCACUUCGUUCGUGGUGGCCUGGCUGGAGACCUGGUUCCUUGACUUCAAGGUGCUCACUCAGGAGGCCGACGAUGAGAGAGCGUACCUGGCAGCGGUGAACGCAGCCUGUGAGCGAGCCCCGAUGAUCUACCCGCGAGCUGUUUCAGACGGACAGUUUUACUCUCCGCCCGAGUCCGUCGAAGGCUCCGAGGAGGAUCUGGAUGAGGAGGGUCUCGGACGCAAAGCUGUCACCACGCAGGAGAAGCAGUACGUGAGUCAGGGUCGCGAGGCCAUGUCGGUGGUAGAACAGAUCCUGGACCAGGAGGACAACUGGAAGUUUGAAAAGAACAACGACUCGGGAGACUCCGUCUACACUCUGGAGAUCCCCUUCCAUGGAAAGACUUUUAUUCUGAAGGCCUUCAUGCAGUGUCCUGCUGAGCUCGUGUAUCAGGAGGUGAUUCUGCAGCCGGAAAAGAUGGUCCAGUGGAACAGAACCAUUUCUGGCUGCCAGAUCCUUCAGAGGGUUGACGACAACACUCUGGUGUCAUAUGAUGUGUCAUCCGGAGCAGCAGGGGGAGUUGUGUCUGCGAGGGACUUCGUUAAUGUGCGACGAGUGGAGCGCAAACGAGACUGCUACCUGUCUGCUGGCAUGGCCACCGACCACGACGCCAAACCUCCAGUCGGUCGCUACGUCAGGGGAGAGAACGGUCCAGGAGGAUUUGUGGUCCUCAAAUCCACCAGCAACCCGUCCGUCUGCACCUUCAUCUGGGUGCUGAACACAGACUUGAAGGGCCGACUGCCUCGCUACCUCAUCCACCAGAGUCUGGCCGCCACCAUGUUUGAGUUCAUGUCCCAUUUACGCCAACGCAUCGCCGAGCUGCGGCCCUCUCUCCGCUCUCACCACCUCGCCUAAAACCGGGAGAGACGUCUAAACUGCCACGGCAGGGUGGAGAAGUGUCACCGCUGCUCUCUUUAAGCGGACCCUAAAAAACAAGCGGGGCGUAGCGGUACCCUCGGCUGAAGGGAUGUGCCACCAUGACUUCUAAUCGCAGGAGACGGGAGACACGUGACCACACAUUUCAGUCACAAGAGAAGAAGAGUUUUUCAGAUUUCAAAGUUUGUCGUGAUCACGUACAUAUUUUUGUGUGGAACCUGUAGUUGUUUUGCCGUGUCCCCCGUUGUGCGAUGAGAACUGUACAACCUGAGCCUGCCGAGUCCUCGUGUGGCUGGCUGGACAUCACUGAAACAACCUGGGGGAGGAGGUCAUCGACUCUCACUGUUCGAGUCUCGGUUAUUUCAAAAGAACCGCUGCGAUGGCAUGAAGCAGCCGUCUCUCAUGGGCCUUUAUCUUGCUGAACACAUUGUCAGCCAUUGAUUUGCUGCCUUUGUUCAUUGUUUAGAUUAUUUUGUGCGUAUGUUUUUACCACACCGUCUUCUUAAGUUUCUCUGGUGCACCUCACUGCCAUAUGUACAUCUGACUAACCAACAUUUACAUCUGACUGAGUAAAGCUACGUCCAGCCUUCACUCUCCUUGCCUACACUGUGACAGAAGGGGUAAGAAGUCACCUGCAGUUUAAUUACCACUAGAUGGAGACGCCACUCUCACACACACACACACACACACACACACAGUGAAAGCCUUUUAGUCUGACAUCGUCCUCUUUCUGUAAAUACUGCUUUGGUUUUGCACUUUGGGAUCAGCCAGGAAGUCAAACCAGGACGCAGAUCUGUUAAUCUGUGUUACCAAUGAAUUAUCACGCUCAUGAGGAGGAUGCUGUUCAUAUGUAGCUCUCUGUAUACUUUGUUAUCUUUGGUGCUGAUGACCUUCAGUGGCCUUAUGGUGAAACAGCCGGCUCAUUAUUUGUCAUCAAGUUAUUCAUGUGCUGAAAUGAUUUACAUUGACUUUAGUUCAGGCCUCCCUUCAGGCCCUGGUUAUUCUUACAUCAUGGAGCAUGAUGUUGUUUUUAUACAAUGAGAAAUGCAGCUUCUAGUUUUAGCUUUACCUCCAGAAAAUCCCGAGUUAUCAUUACAUCCGCCAAGGAGGUCGUGUUUUCUGUUCGGUUUGUUUGUCAGCAUUUGUAUUUUUUAUGAAGCUCGGUGGAAGGGUAGCAUGGGCCCAGGAUCGCAACAGAGGGUUCAUGGUCUUGGCGGAGGUCUGCACGCUCCGAGUGCCGUUCCAUAACGAAAACCGGCAGAAGACAGGUCUAUAUAUAUCAGAACAAAAGAGAGUGACUUGAGCUUUUCAAUCUUGAGAAAUGAGGCAUGAAACGACUGUUCACACGUUGAAGGAGCAUGUUUCUGGGUGUCAUUGUGCGAUUGUGACUGUGAUGUGGUCGCUCACCACAUCACAGUCACAACAUGGCCUUGAGACAUUUUACUUUGUAAGCCCAGGUAUUUGUGAAUGCUUUGAUCACAGUCUGAUUAUUAUUUCUUAUGAAGUCCAAAACAAGUCAGCUUUAAAUGGAUAACUUGUGAGGAUUGAUUUUAGCGACCUACUGUACUGAGAAUGUCAAAUGAAAGAAAUCAAUGUUAUCAACAAUUUGGUGCCUUUAUCACAGUGACACGACACGUCUGCCUUUUCUUUUGUUUUGCAUUUAUUUGAUGUUGUUAAAUCAAUGCUUAAUACUGUCACAUUAUACUGUAUGUAUAUGAAGCCUGCAUAGAGUACUUGUUUUCUUUGAUCAUACUUUUUUAUAAUACUUUGAAUAUGUAGGAUCAUUCAUCACACGUGUUAAUUUAAAGCCAUCACAGGAAUACUGAAUACUGUUUUUAAGUCUUAACCAGUGUCUUCUGUCCAAUAAAAUAUAUGAACUCA